AUGAGUUAUUCUUCCGUUGUUUGGAUCGAUGAUCCUUUCUUCAUAAAACGCCAACGUGUUCAAAUGGCUUGUUCUUUCUGUCGUCAACGCAAGAUAAGAUGUGAUGGUAGAAAUCCUUGUGCUAAUUGUAAAAAAUACGCUACAAGUUGUAUUUAUGUUAAGAUUGAAAGACAACCAAGAGGCAACAAACCGUCCAACAGAAAUUCUGGAAACGAUAAUAAUGAAAAUAAUGAUAACAGCAACAACGGCGGAAGUGGUAGUAAUGCUGGAAACUCUCAAUCUUCCUCCCAAUCAACAAAUUCUCAACAAACUGGAACUUCCACUAGGCAGCACUCCUACUCGGGUCAUCGAGGAAAACGUCCAAUUGAAGAAGUUGAGCAUGUAUCUCAAAGUUUGCCUCCCUCUCGUCGCGCUACGACUUCUACUCAAGGAAUCCUUACUAACAGUUCAACCAUAACUACCUCUCCUCAACCUGCGUCUUGGCAAACCAAUUCCAUAUCAGUCGCGAAACCAGAACCUAAGCUUCCAUCAAUUGACACUCCGGCCAUGCCAAAUAAUGACAUUGUCGAACAUUUAUUGGAACUUUAUUGGGCCAAUGUUCAUCCUUAUGUACCGGUCCUCAAUAAGGACCUCUUCCUUCAGCAACGUGAAAAUUCUAAUGAUCCGCCAUCUCCCUUACUUCUUAACGCGAUGUUCGGCAUUUCAGCCGAAUUUUCUGAGCGUUCAUCCGUGCGCGCUGAUCCAGAGACCCUUGAAACAGGUGGAUGGGUCUAUUUUGACAGGGCUCGUGCUUUGCUUGACGAUUUUAUGGAUGCCCCAAGAAUGUCAACGAUAGCGGCCCUUAUCCUUAUGUCAAUUUAUCAGCAACACAAUACCAGACGUUCGGGAAUUUCCCCAGGAUAUUUUCGUCGAUGGAUGUAUAUUGGGAUGGCCAAUCGUAUGGCUCUAGAAUUGGAGCUCAAUAAGGAUUGUGAAGAUCCUCUACUUGAUAACUCUCAUAAGGAGUUAAGAAAAAGGUUAUGGUGGUCACUAUUCAUGGUAGACGUUUUGGUAUGCUGCGGCAUCGGUAAAGCCAGUAACAUUGAAGAAGAUGAAUGUACAAUCCCUGAGCCUGCCACCGAAGUCGAUGAACCUGAGCUAAAAGUGAAUGGCGCCAUCAAUGAAUUUGUUCAUCAGAUCAAAUUCACACGAAUGUUGCAUUUAUUAUUGAAGCAUAAUUUUUCUUCAAAGAUCAACUCUACGGCAUAUAUCAAUCAGGAUAAUGUCGUGACAAAUUUUGAAGAUCAGGUUCAUUCUUGGGCUUAUCAUUUACCCCUUCAACCCACAGAUGCGUUAGUUAAUAACUCCAACAAAUACUCCACAACCAACUUGCACCUACAUAUGCUAUACCAUUCCUUCAUCAUCCUUUUACAUAGGAGGUACAUUGCAAAUUUCGAUUCCCUUUUGAAAUGUACACAGGCUGCUGCCCAAGUUACUCCCAUCGGUGAAAAGAUUCUUCGUACAGCUUCCACUCCUUUUAGAGGUUUUCUUAAUUGUACGACUUGGUGCCUAUUACAGGCUGGAAUGAUCCAUGCCUUGAAUAAAUUCAGGGGAAAUGAAGAAACCAGUCAAAUUGCUGAACAACAUUAUGAUAGAAUCGUUUCUCUGUUUCAGAGAUAUUCACAGUUCACCGCUUUACAAGUGUUACAGGAUCAUGCAAAUACCUGCAGUUCACAUCGUUUAUCGAUGAUGGACUUUUGGUCAAAUCCUGAAAACAAUGGACAACAGCAUCAACAACCGCAUGAUUCAAUGUUUGUAUUGCCCAAUUUGGGUGCUGGAAGUAAGAAUCUGCCCUACGGUACUCUACAUAUAUCACCUGGUACUACUACAGGCGGAUUCGAGAUCCAACAUUUGUCACAAAUUUCCACACCAUUUCCAAGUCCACCUCAUGGAAAUGUCUCUCCCAUUUGUGGUACUCCUCAUGAAUCUCCAAAUGUUGACCUAGGACAUUUCGCAAAUAUGACAUCUCCAUUAGUUGAUAAUGAAGGAACUCCUGUAAAUUCACCCCAAUACGUUGAUUAUAAUCCUUUCCCCGUGCUUGGAAAAGAUCAAGGAUCCGGCUGCGCAGAACUUCUUAAUAAUGACGAAGAUAGUUGGCCAUUUAAUGGUCAUACAACCGCUUCAGCUUCAACUGAACAUGCUUGGCAUCAAAAGUCAUAUAGUUCCACACCGCAAUUAGAUAAUGACAAUUAUAGAUUAUCUUUGACGCCAUCUCACCCAGCCACACCUUCCGCUUCACCAGUUGACGUUUUUGGCAUUGCUACACCGACUAUACAUGCUUCACCAACUACUUCACCUUUCAAUUCUCCAAUCCAACAGGAAGAUAGUGGCAUAGAUUCAAACACUGUUUCUAGUGAUUCUACUCCAAACGUUGACAACACAUCUCCACCUGGUGGUUAUUCACAAUCAACAUACAAUUCCUCGCCGCAGAGUGUUUCUUCCAGUCGUCAUGAAGGUGAUUCGUCUUGUGGAACUGGAUACUUUGUUGGUGGAUUUAAUAAUAAUGGACUAGGAAUUUGUUCUAAUUAA